CACCUUGUUUAAUGCCGAAAAAGACCUCCGCUGUCUAUUCUACCAGGUUUCCACAUGUGUCGUACAUUUACGUUGUUUUUGAGGAGUAAACUGUAUUCAACUGUGUUGUCUUCAGAUACUAAGGAAUAACAUGAGCUCCUGUCGACGACCGGAGCACAGGGCUCCUCCAGAUGUGUUUUACAAUGCGGAGGAGGCCAGGAAAUACUCUCAGAACUCUCGUAUGAUCGAGAUUCAGACUCAGAUGUCGGAGAGAGCCGUGGAACUGUUGAACCUUCCAGAGGACCAGCCAAGCUUCCUGCUGGAUGUGGGGUGUGGUUCAGGACUCAGUGGUGACUAUCUGACAGAGGAAGGACACUACUGGGUGGGAGUUGACAUCAGCACAGCAAUGCUGGAUGUGGCACUGGACAGAGAGGUGGAAGGAGAUCUUCUACUGGGAGACAUGGGCCAAGGGAUGCCUUUCCGGGCGGGGACCUUUGACGGCUGCGUUAGUAUUUCAGCUCUUCAGUGGCUCUGCAACGCAGACAAGCGUACACACAGUCCUCCCAAGAGACUCUACUCUUUCUUUAGUACUCUCUAUUCGUCUUUGUCAAGAGGCGCCCGUGCCGUUUUUCAAAUCUAUCCUGAGAACUCAGAGCAGUUGGAACUGAUCACGUCGCAGGCCAUGAGGGCGGGCUUCAGCGGUGGCAUGGUGGUGGACUACCCCAACAGCACCAAGGCCAAGAAGUUCUUCUUGUGUCUGUUUGCCGGCGUGACGGGUGUCCUGCCCAAGGGUUUGGGCUCCGAAACCUCCGACAAGAACAUCCCCAACCAGAUCCAGUAUUCAGGACAAAGAUGCCGUUUCAAAAACAUGAAGGGGAAAUCGGCAAAGAAGAGCCGAGAUUGGAUUCUGGAAAAAAAGGAGAGGAGACGCAGACAAGGACGGGAGGUGCGGGCUGACACCAAAUACACAGGACGUCAGAGGAGACCUCAUUUCUAGCUGCGAUUGUACAACUGGGCCUUCACUAACACACACACAUGCAGUCACAUCUACAGUCUUUUAUAUUGGACGCAAUACUUUUGGUCAUUCAUUUUUAAUAUGUGGCCUAGGAAAGGCAAACAAGAGACAGAACAAACAGUAAGCUAUGCAUGAGCAAUUCUGCUAUUUAAACAAGAAAUCCAUCAGACUAUCAAGCUGAAAGCACAGAUUGCAGAGGUGUUCCUAAUUUUGUGACUCAAAGUAUAUGUUAAGAAUAAAGAAAAGACAUACUGAU